AUGUCGCAUGAUAAGCAUACCGUCGGUAGUAUUAUUCAAAAGCUGAAAGUUUACGAUGUAGAACAGACCGUAGAAUCUUUGUUAGAUCAGGAAGAGUUUACCAGCUUUCUCUGCGAUAUCCUCACAUCUUUACCCACAGAAUACAAAAGAGCUGCUCAGGAAAUGUUACGCAAGACCAACCAAACCAAAAAGAAGCAGACUAAAAGUCCAGUGCUGGCACUCGUCAUUGCUCAUAGCUUUUAUCUACCGCCUAGUGUGCACGAUCACUAUCGAGUAUGGAAGGAGAAUCCCUACCGAUUUUGGCAGCCCUUUGAGAUUUCGAAUACUAAUCGGUCAGUUGAGGACGUCGCUAUUGAGUCGUACCUUGUGGUCCGGAAUUCACGUCUGCGACAGGCGCAAGACAUCAUCUUUCGAAGGUUCCACGUUAGCUUCUUAUACCAGCUCGCAUUGUUGUUUGGUCAUGGGCAGAAAAUGAUGACGAAAAGAUUGCAUAACGUUCUACAUCAACGACUGAUCACAGCAUUCACACAAUGCAACAGAAUCACUGAUGAGACGGACGUCGUUAAAGCGAACCUACAAGUUUGGGUCACUGCUGGGGCGAGAUAUAAUAAGAUAUGUAUGGCUCUUGACAAAGGCGCCCUAUUCUUGAUCCCACAGAUACCAGACGAUAUGUGGGAGAGUCCAAACUCUCUAAAAGGUGUGGAAUUCGAUGAAGCAAUGGCCCAUCUGAAGAACGAAGGCAUCAUGGAGCUAUCAAAUCAGCUUGAGGCUGACUUUGUAGCCAACCAAAUUCUAAAUGUCGCGCUUGAUCCUUUUAAAUGGGAUGUUGUUGAUUCAAGAACUGUCACUGCCAAUCUAUCAACCGGGCCAAGGACUGUUCCUGAUGACCCAUACGCCGAGCUAAGAAUUAUUAAAGCAGAUCCGGACGUGAAAUCACAAGCUAUCGCAGCAAAGCCUCUUGACACCAAGCCCAUUUCAAUUUUUUCGCUAUUAAAUCCACCAGAAGCGGCACAAGAAUCUGAUAAGAAAUCGAGAGACAUAGAUUUACAUUUGCAGUCGCGCAACUCUAGUGAGAAGCGACAACGUAUCAAUUAA